AUUUCUUUGUUGUAGUGUCCCAUAUAGAUUUGUAAGUUUUGGCGCGUUUUUGUGUUGUGGAGGGAUACUGCUGCGCCGUGGUGGUAUAUACUGAAAUGGGUCUCGCCGCCACACCUACGGAUCUUGUAUACUAUGGUAGAUAACGGAGUGCCAGCAAAUGUGCAGUACGUUUACAGACGGCAGAAUAAUUACAGUAGUUUAUCUCGUUGGAAUUUAUCAAGACACGAAAACGUCUUUUUCCCGUUCUCAUACCCCUGAAAUAAGGUAAGAUUCUGCCAGAAUGCUGCAGAGUUUCUCCCAGUCACUAGACUGGUUCUACUCAGAGCCUCUCUUGUUUGAUGAUGAAUUCUGUCAGAGCUUGAUGAAGGACCUACAGUCACUCCCCACGCCACCCCAGUCCCCUCCAUUGAAGACUGGACUCCAUGCCAAACCACUUUCCAAGGAGGACCAGUUGAGCUACGUCUCGGACAUACUCCUGGAAGAUCAGGACCCGCAACUAAAUUGGAAUUGUGACUUUUUGUACGAUGGCGGCGCAACAGAGACAAAGGACCAACAGCCAGAUGAGUCCGACGACUGUUUAUGGCAUUGCCUCGGUGAUAAGUCUAUGGAGAAGCUAUCAUCUGUGCUCUCCAGCAGCCCGCUGCUCUCGGACAUAGACACAAGCAUUUUUGAGGAAAUUGCCGGCUCCACACUGGACUGCCACAGUGCGGCGCUCGCAUGCCAAGCUUUGGAGAAUGAGGAUUUACUAUUGGACAGCCAGGAGCAAGGCAGCGAGUCGACUUCAGACUAUGGCUCAGCAGGAGGUGAAUUCUCAACGUAUUCGAGCAGUGCCAGUGAUUCUGAGGAGGAGAUAGACGUGGUGACAGUGAAGAGGACCACCAGCCCCUCCUCCCUCUCCCAGUCGGUAGAAGAGAGCCGGCGGCGGCAACGCGCCCUAAAGCGGCAACACCUUGAGAUCCAGCUGCAGCACAACUACGCCGCCCCCUGCCCUGCAUCGCCCCUCCACUCCGAGCCCUCGUCCACUUCCUACCACAAGCGCACCCGGUCCUCCGACUCCCACAGACACCACCAUCACAGCUCGUCGGGCCGCUCGUCGCGACACAACCUCAGCAGUCAUCAACACCAGUCUAGCUCUAGGCAGUCAACUGAUGUGGAGGAUGAGGAGGAGAGGAGGCAUACCCACAACGUGAUGGAGAGGCAACGGCGCAACGAGCUGAAGAACUGUUUCCUGCGGCUCAGGGACAACGUGCCUGAGCUGUCCAACAACGACAAGGCCUCCAAGGUGGUCAUCCUGAAGCGGGCAUGCGACAGCAUCCGUGGCCUGGAGUUGGCGGGCCAGAGACUGAAUGGCAAGCGAGACAAGCUCCGAGAGAGGCAGGAGCAGCUCAAAGUUAAACUGGAGCAGCUCAGGAGGCAAUGGUGUGACUGACGAGACGAGGCGCAAAACUAAAGCAUUUAGAGAUAGAUUAUUUGAAAAUACUGGUCUUGACUUAAGACUUGAUGCUGCGCACACUCAAUGCAUGGUCUCAUCCAGUCACUGUGGUGACUGUUUAAGAAGUGAAAGUUGCUGAGAGACUGUUAACCCCGUAUCAGUAAAAAUACAAUUUUGGUUUGGAACAACAGGUCCAUGUUCAGCCUAGUAAAAUAAUGUUAGUCAUUUAUUGUCCUAGCGAUUUGCCAAAGUCAUUGUUCAUAAAAUAGACUACAUGUAACAGCCUAUGUUGUAGAGUAAGCUAUAUCAAAUCGAGCAGCCAUUUUGUUAGUGAAAAGUGGACCUUGUAUAUACAGUCUCUUCCACAUUCCCCAUAUGUUAUGGAAUUCCCACUGGGUAGAAAUGUCUAUUCCAUGUUGGUUCAGCAUUGAAACAACGUUGAUUCAUCCAGUGGCUUGGUUCUUUUGCUGUUGUUUUUUUGGGCUGGAUCCAAAGUUAAAAAUUAAAGGGUUGAAUGUAAUGUAUGCCAAUUAUUGCCAUUAAUUACUAAAACUGUUAAUUACUACUUCCAUUUACUUAAAGACCUGACCUGUUAAGAAUUUGGUGUGUUAUUGUGGAACAAUGCCUCAUGCCUUAACUCAUUCUGUUAUGUUUUGUUAAAAGCAUGACUUACUGUACUCUACCUCAAACGGGUCUGAAACCUGAGAAUUUGUUUGCUCUCUUGGAAGCAACUAUAUAUAGAUUUAGUUGUAUAUAUUUUUGGUUUUAUUGUAUCAUAAAUUAUUUUAGUUUUUUUUGGGGGUUGGGGGGUUCAUUUGCAAGUUAAAGUUCUGUUUAUCAGCAGUACUUUGUUUUUUUAUAAUGUAAUAAAGAA